UGGCCGAGCAGAAAGAAAGAAAGCGGGGCGGGGCGAGGGGAAAGAGGGAGGAGGGAGAGAGAGAGAAAAGGAAACCUAAUUAAAGGUGCUCGCUCAGAAGAGCCGCUGAGGUAAACUCACCUCCCUUCGCCUCGCCCCACACCCUCGCUCGGAGGCAAAUCCUCCAGCGGACGGGAGGAGACUUGAGUUAACAGAAGAAGGACAAAAAAAAAAUAAAAUCAAAAAAUCACCCGAGUAGGAGAAAACAACCGUCUCCGCCUCUCUGCUGAUCCACUAUCGCUGCUGCCGCCACCCUUGCAGCUCCUGCUGUGGAGACAGGCGGGUCGCCUCAGACUCACCUGGUCGCUCGUCCAGCGCGCGCGCGCCGCCGUUUCCGCUGGUCUCCUUUUCCCGCCGAGCCCACCUUCGCUCGCUCGCGCGCGCGACCCCAAUCCGGCUGCAGCAUGGCCCCGCUAGCGAGAGCGCGGCGCAGGGGGGGCUCCUGGACGGACGCCGGCCUCCGGGUCUUCGUCGGCCUCCUGGUACUAAGUUUAUUUUGUGAAGCUAGCAAGAAAGUGACUUUUAACGUGCCUUCCAAACUAGAAGCAGGAACAUUAAUUGGCAGAUUAAAUCUGAGACAGUAUCUUAGGACAUCUGACCUGAUCAGUUCAAGUGAUCCUGAUUUCAUAGUACUAGAAGAUGGUUCUGUAUAUACAACAAAUGCUGUUUCUUUGUCUUCUGAGAAGAAAGCUUUUACCAUAUCGCUUAAUGACUUACAAGGUCAUCUGCAAAAGAAAAUACAUGUCAAUUUGCUAUCACAUCCAAAAAAGGCUCAUAAAACAGGAGAGACUGUUCUUAGACGAACUAAACGAAGAUGGAGUCCUCUUCCAACCCUAAUAAUGGAAAACUCACUAGGACCUUUCCCAAUGCAAAUUCAGCAGCUGUCUUCUGAUACAGCCCAAAAAUACAACAUCACAUAUUCUAUAAGUGGUCGUGGAGUCGACCAACCACCACUAAAUUAUUUUUAUAUUGAGAGGGAAACAGGAAAUCUCUUUGUUACUGUCCCAAUAGAUCGGGAAGAGUAUUCAGAAUUUGAGAUAAUUUGCAAUGCAAGGACAUUAGAUGGCUAUACUCCAGAGGUACCACUUAGACAUGUAAUCCGAAUUGAGGAUGAUAAUGACAACCCACCAAUGUUUGACCCAGUUACUUGGGCUUUUAAUGUUGUAGAAAACUGCAGAGCUGGUACCGUGGUUGGACAAAUAACCGCAACAGACAGAGAUGAACCUGGUACACUGCACACUAAACUGAAAUACAGAAUUGUGGGCCAGAAUCCUAUACCGCUUCAAGGUUCCAAUACGUUCUCUAUACAUCCAGAUACAGGUUCUAUUACUGUGGCAUAUCCAGUUCUGGACAGAGAGAAAAUAACGACAUACACAAUACUGGUAGAAGCAAGAGAUAUGGGAGGUCAGCCCUUUGGUUUGUGCAAUACUGCAACAGUUGUAAUUGAAGUUGAUGAUGCAAAUGAUCAUGCACCCAUGUGUGAGCACAGCAUGUAUGAAGCAUAUGUUAGUGAAAACACAGUUGGCGAAAAAGUAAUGGACAUCGGUGUCGUAGACAAAGAUUCACCUGGAACACCUGCCUGGCAUGCUACCUUCAACAUUAUAAAGGGAAAUGAAGAUGGUGCUUUCAAAAUUGUAAAAAAUCCUGAUUCAAAUAUUGGUACACUAUGUGUUGAAAAGGGGCUAGACUACGAAAGAAACAAGGAGAGAAAGUUGGAAAUUGUUGUAAAUAAUGAAGCACCUUAUUUCCUCCCACCAAAUUCAAGAGCAGUUUCUACAAGUACUUGCGUUGUUGUUGUCAAAGUGCGGGAUAUGGACGAAGGCCCUGUAUUUGAUCCUUGUGUAUUUUUUUUGAACAUCAAGGAGUGUUUGCCUGCUGAAACGAUGGUUGGCCAGUACACAGCAAGGGACCCAGAAACUGGAAACUCUGAAGGCAUAAUUUAUAGAAUAAUAAAUGAUCCCUGUAACUGGAUCACCAUUGACAACGCAGGUCAGAUCAGAACCACUAGACUCCUAGACAGGGAGCAACCACAAAUGCAGCUCUACCAGUGUAACGUAACAGUCUCUGCAACGGACAGGAGUGGUAAAACAGGCACUGGAGUAAUAGUGGUUAAUCUAUUAGAUGAGAAUGACAAUUUCCCAGUGAUUCCCAAGAAAGAGUACAUAAUUUGCAGAGACAGACAACCAGUUUGCCUUACUGCUGUGGAUGCUGAUUUACCUGAACAUGGAGCCCCUUUCAGUUUUACUCUUCCUGACCGCAUGAUCCCACAGUGGAAAUUGACACAGCAUGAUGAGAACUCUGCAUACCUGGUACCAGCAGAGAAUUUGCCAUUUGGCGCUUACGAGAUCCCUGUGAUGGUAACUGAUCGUGCAGGCAAAGGUGGAAUUACUGAAGUUCGUGUAAUUAUGUGUGAUUGCACCACCCCUAGUGAUUGCCGUUACUGGCCACGGGUGGGGCCGCCGGUUGCACGUCAGACUCCUAAUGUGACUCUUGGUCUUUGGGCCAUCCUUGCAAUGAUUGGGGGAUCCUUGUUGCUAUUAUUAAUCCUGAUAACACUUUGCGGCUGUUGUGGUGCUGCGCCUGUGAGUAGCAGUAAGCAUGUGUGUGAUGAUUUAGCUAAUCAGAACUUGAUCAUUUCAAACACUGAAGCACCUGGUGAAGAAGUAAUGGACCCCAAUAUACUUCCUGUGAAAACAGGAAACAUGGUUACUUGUGAUCAAGGAACUCUUGGAGUGAAAACUGGAGGACAGGAAAGCUUUGAGAUGGUCAAGGGACACCAGACACUGGAAUCAGUCAAGGGCGGAGGACACCACACCUUAGACUCUGUUAAAAUGGGGCACCAGACAUUAGAAAGAGGAGGAUAUGGACAAUCUGCGAUGGAUGCAUAUAGAUACAAUUAUUCAGAAUGGCAAAAUUUUACACACCCUCGCCUAACUGAGAAGGUAUAUCUCUGUGGACAAGAUGAAGAGCAUAAGCAUUCCGAAGACUAUGUCCUUUCAUAUAAUUAUGAAGGAAGAGGAUCGCUGGCUGGCUCUGUAGGCUGCUGCACUGAUCAGCAAGAUGAAGAGGCGCUUGACUUUUUAGAUCAGCUGGAACCAAAGUUUAGGACAUUAGCAGAAACCUGUAUAAAGAGAUAAAUGUGCUGACAACAACAAUGCAGAGAAUUAUCGCCCUUUCCACAGGAUAACAACUUGAAUACAAAAUAUUUUUAUGUCUCUCCCCCCCCCACUUUUCUCGUGGGAGUAGUUAAUCAGAAGACAUUCUGACAUUAGGUUUGUCAGUAUCAAACUUUCUGCUCUUAAACCUCUGGAUACUCUGUGCUAUUUGACCUACCUACAUGUGUACUGCCUUAGAUUUACACCAAAAAGUAUUUUUUUAAACCAAAUGUACAGUCAAUAUUGUAGUCGCAUAACUUUUCAAAAUAGCAACAGAGUUUCUAGUGUUCUCUGCAUCUACCGUUACAGGGAGGCAAAAUGCAUUCUUUAUCAUUUUAAGAACUGAGCUUCAAAAAUUUCUGGCUGUUUGGGUCUGGGUUAUAGCAAGCAUGGUUUGAUUCAUAUGAAUCUUUCCUUUAGUUUUAUAGAAAUAAACGCUAAAUACUACUGCUGAAUGUUAAAAUAGUUAUUCAUUUCUUACAUUCUUAAGAAAAACAGGGUUUUUAAGUAUUUUUUAAAAUGGGAUCUGUAACAAAAUUUGCAGCCAGCCAUGACCUUUUCUAGAAUACUCCAUACAUACCCCCCUACAGUCCCAGUUCCCCCAAAACACAGCUUAUUGUGGCUACUGAGCAUGCAUGCAUUGGGCCAAUUUGAUUCUCCCUUUAUAUUUUUCUUUUUAAGCAUAUUCACUAACCUGAUGAGCACCUCCUCCUUGAGUAUGGACAGUGUUGCUUUGAUUAUGUAAUGAUUGAUACUCAUAGAAUGUGUUCAUUAUUAGCAGGGCUUUUUUCAUCCUGAACUCGCCGGAAUUCAGUUCUGCCACCUCUCAGGUGGGCGCCAUUGCCAUUCUAUGAGAAUGAGGAGGUGUUGUUGGUGUGUUCCGGCAUCUUUUUUUCUAGAAAAAUAGCACUGAUUAUUAGCAUAUAUGUAAUGGCAGAGGGGAGCUGGCCCUGCGAACGCUAAUACGGCUUUAGCAUACAUGAAUGGAGCACAGUGGUAGUGAGGUCAGUCUGUGCAGGUGCACUGGCAAAGCUCACCUGGCACAGCUCCCUCACCAGCUGCAGUGAUACUGGUGUUGAGAGGGCUACACUGUAUGGACUGCCUAGAUGAGUUUAAUUAGGCCAAAGCUCUUAAAUUAGUAAAUAGAGAAGGAAGAGAGUGAAAUGUUUUAAUGUAUAUAUGUACACAUUUUUCUUUGUACUGAAUUUUUGUGUUCACCAAUUCUGACAGCAUUAGUUUGUAUGUUCAAAUCCACAGGAGGAAUAAGUAUAGAAAUAAAAAUGUGACAUUGAAAACAUUUGCCAAGGCCACAGUUUCCACCCAAAAGACUUUAGAUUAAUUCAAAGUAUAAUACUUGUAUUUGCCACUCUAAUACAGCUGAGUGUUAAAAUACUACGAUAGGAACUGGAGAAAAUUGCUAGUAUUCAGGCACAACUUAUUGUUGACUCCUCCCAUCUCAGGAAAAGUGAGGAGCUGAACUUGGAGCAACAAAGGUAUGAUCUGUGCUGAUUCUGUGUUAUCACGUAGUGACUGGUGCUUUGCACUUAACAUGCAUGAAUGUGCCUAUUGUAUACGGUUCUGAUGGAAUAAACGUUGACUGAUAUUUUUAAUACAUCUGUAUACAUAGUUUGUUUGGGAAUUCAAGAGAAAUGUAUUGGAAAUUUUUGAAUUGUAAAUAAAGGGAAGGAGGUGUGCUGUAGCUGCUGUUUUGAUGUUACACAUCAUAGUCUUCUCUUUAAUCAAGUGGAUUUAAAGAUAUGCAUUUAAAAAACUGAUUUUAAUAAAGCAGAUGUUGUUUCUUUGCUAGAAAUUAA